AUGAAGACAGAUAGUCCUGAAAUUUUGGAUGCUGAUUCAAAGAGUAAAAGAUCAUGCCUCUUUGGCAUCGUUCCGGCGGUUUCUAUAUUUUGUGUUGUUUUGCUUUGCUCGAGUUCAUUCUUUGCACAACGCUACAACGAGGGGUUCGUGUUCCUCCAGAUUUUGAACAUGGAAUAUGAUAGUUUUGGUUUUAUACUGCAGAAGCUAUCAAGAUGGAGAAUGAAAACCCAUCUUACUUGCAAGAAUCAGUGCAGGCCUGGUGGAAGUAGUGCACUACCUGAAGGCAUAAUCUCCAAUACUUCUGAUUUGAAAAUGAGGCAUUUGUGGAAUCGUCGUCCUAUGACUGAGACAAUAGAGGCAAUUCUCAAUUUGCGAUGGGAGAAAGUUUGCCUUUGCAGACUUACAUAUUCUGAGUUUGAGUCUAAGCCUGCCAUUAACUUCUACAAUUUCUACACCCCAUACAGAUAUUUUGGUGUAAACAAGUUAUUGAAGUGGGCUAAGUUCACCUCAAAUAAAGAAAACACAUCGACCAAUUUGUUUGCAAUGACGGUUGGGAUAAAGCAGAAAGACCUUGUGAACAAAAUGGUCAAAAAGUUUCUAGCAAGUAAUUUUGUCGUGAUGCUUUUCCACUAUGAUGGCAUGGUUGACGAAUGGAAUGACUUUGAAUGGAGUAAUCAGGUCAUUCACGUGGCUGUAGCCAAUCAAAGUAAAUGGUGGUUUGCCAAGCGUUUCUUACACCCGGACAUAGUUGCAGAAUAUGGUUAUAUUUUCCUAUGGGAUGAGGAUCUUGGAGUUGAACACUUUCACCCUGAUAAGUAUGUUUCUAUUAUAAAAAGUGAAGGACUGGAGAUAUCACAACCAGCACUUGAUACUGAAAAAUCAGAGGUACAUCAUCAGAUUACCGCACGUGGGAGGAGGUCAAAUGUGCACAGAAGGAUUUACAAAACUGGUGGUAGAGGCAAAGUUUGUGAUGGAAGUAGCACUGCUCCUCCUUGUACAGGGUGGGUUGAAAUGAUGGCUCCUGUUUUCUCAAGAGCUGCUUGGCGUUGCGUUUGGUAUAUGAUCCAGGGUGAUAGAACAAAAAAUGUUGGUGUUGUGGAUGCUGAAUACAUAGUCCACUACGGUCAUCCUACUCUUGGAGGCUUAGAUUUGCAUGAGGUUUCAUCUCGGGCAAAGGAUCAUAGAGCUGAUGUGAGAAGACAGUCUUACCGUGAAUUACAAGUCUUUAGGAAACGGUGGCAGAAGGCAAUUGAAGAGGAUAAAUGUUGGGUGGAUCCAUUUCAAUAA